ACAAAAUAUGGAAGAUGUACAUCAAUAUCACAUAAAAGAGGCACCUGAUUUUGUUUACUAUAUUCCGAAUUUCAUCACAAAAAUCGAAGAGGAACAUCUAUUGACGAAGGUUUAUUCAGCCCCAAAACCAAAAUGGACAUCUUUAUCUGACAGGAGGCUUCAGAACUGGGGUGGGCUCCCACAUCCCAAGGGUAUGAUUAAGGAAGACCUUCCACCAUGGCUGAAGGUUUAUGCUGAGAAGAUUGGAUCUCUUCCAGUAUUUGAUGGCAACACACCAAACCAUGUUCUUGUAAAUGAAUAUGAACCCGGCCAGGGAAUAAUGCCUCACGAAGAUGGCCCACUCUUCUACCCUGUAGUGUCUACAAUAAAUUURGGCUCACAUACUGUACUCAACUUUUAUCACCAUAAAAGAGAUCUUCAACAGGUACAGUAUAGAAAAACGACAUUUUCUUGCCAAAUUUCAUUUGUUAGAUGUUGCAAAAUUUAUUGGUGUAUAAGUCAUUUCUAUUUUUUUCAAACAAUUUGGUCCCAACUACAGAAGGUGUACUGAUUGCCAAAAUAUUUAAGUAAAAGUCWGCAUAAAACUAGAUGAUAUGCUCCUAUCCGGUGGUCUUUUGGUCU